AUGCCUUCACCCCACUGGGACAGAAUUUUGGUUGGUGUCACCUGUUGAGUAGUGACUGUGACCCUUUGGGUGCUGUGUGUUUGGCAGCUCCUCAGGUUCAAAGCAGUUAAUUUCUGUGACUACCAUACUGAGACAGUUAACAUCUUUGAAAGCAAUAUAAAAAUUACUUUUGAACAGAUUAUAGCGGGAAAAUAUGGCCACUCCAAAAAGGAAUGUGCACCUGAUACUGUGAAUGGUAAUGCAUCAAUAGAAAUCCAGAUGUGCUCCAGAGAAAGGAAAAUUCCUACUUUAAAGCCUCCCCAAAUUCUGAAUUGUAAUGGAAAUCUGGACUCCUUAGCAUCACAGGUUGGAACUGUGAGCUCCAGCAAGGUUUCAGUUUUUGCAAGUAACACUCAAAUCCUCAGCUCCAUGCCAGACCAACUGACCAGACAGAACAUCACUGCUGCUGCAAACAUCACAGGGCAGAUUAUGAAAAAGCCAAAUGUUUCAGAAGACUUUCAGGCAUCUGUGGCAGUAAUGGCUACAGUGAGUCAACUCUUGGAUGCCAAAACAGAAUUCAUCCACAAUAGUCUUGUCAAUGCUACAAGCAGCCUCAUGAAAGUAAGGGAGGAAUUUUCUUUUACUGGUAACAUAUCACAGCCCAAUGUUGCAAUCCAGUCUGCCCCACUGAAAUUAAGCUCCUCUAUGAUUCUGUUUUUGGCACAGAGAAAUACAGCAUUGGGAAAGUAUCAGUCAACAAAACUAGAAAUACAGGAAAAUGCUCCUGGGCUUAUUGGUGACCUCAGUACUGAAGUUCAGAUACUGUUCAACAUUUUAAGUUCAUCAGACAGUGGCAGAGUUGGAUUUGUCCUAUACCAAAAUGACAAAUUCUUCCAGUCCAGGGUUUAUCAGAGUCUCCACAGAUUACACUGUAAAGGAUGCAGGUAUAAUCACACCACUAAUUUUGCUGUUCUGAUGGCAUUUCAGAUAAAAUAUAAAUAUGCAAAGCCUUUGGAUUAUAUUUCUUAUAUUGUUGGAUUGUCCAUGGCUGGUCUGGUUAUUACCAUUUUCUUUCAAAUACUAGGUAAGAGGGACGACAUUAAACUGCAUGUAUUUUACACUAAGAAAACUCAAAACGUAUCUUUAAAGUGGAUCUUAGUGAGACUCUGCUUUUCUAUGCUCAUUUUUAACAUCAUCUUCAUCUCUGGUAUUGAAAACCAAACUUCCAGAAAGUGAAGCAACGAUACCACCAGAUGCUACCAGCAAUGCCUUCCUUAUUAUGCCACCAACCACCUUACCUCUGACACAGUGGAUCCUCCCACAGACUCCUGGUGCACAGUUGUGGCUGUCCUGCUGCACUAUUUCUUGUUGGCAACAUUCCUGUGGUCAGCACUCAGUUCUGCACUGUUGUACUUAUUGCUGCUCAGAGCCAUGAAGCCACUGCCUGGACAUUUCCUCGUAACCAUGUCAGUAAUCGGAUGGGGAAUUCAUGCCAUAGUAGUUGCAGUAACACUUGCAGCUACUGACAGAGAAGGAAAAGCUCUAAACUACCAACAGAAAGAAUUUUGCUGGCUUGCAACAUAGGACCAAAAUCAGGACUUUAGUGUGUAAAAGCCCAUGUUGUGGUCAUUCCUCUUGCCAGUAGCACUCAUACUCCUGUUUAACCUCUUGAUCUUCAUCAGGAUCAAUAUCUCUGUGAUAUGGAAGAAGAUGAAUUUGAUAAGGAAUAAAAAGGAUUCAUUAAUGAAAAAUAUGAAUAUGAUUAGCACUAUCUCUAUAGUGGUAGUGCUCAGGAUCACCUGGAUGAUUGGCUACCUCAAGUUAAUAAGUAAUGAAAAAACAAGUCUUGCUUUCAGCUUUCAGUUUUGUGUUUUGAAUGCUACCCAGGAACUCCAUAUUUGUAUUCUGUUCACUUUCAGAAUACCGUUCUUCAAGAAAAAAGUUUCCAAAGUUCCUGUUUUCCAGGUACCACUGUACCUGCAUUAAAAGACAUAAAAUGCUUCAAAAUCACAGCCUGAAAAACAUUCACUGGAAACUUUCAGAUCAACCCAGACUUUUUCAGAUAAUAUUUCCAUGUCUACCUUCCCUAACCGGAAUGAGAAACCUGCAAAUAUGCGAAACACAGUCCUGUGUUGUGCAUGGGGAACAAGCUCUGAAUGCAGGACAGGGAAGUGUGAGGGUGUGUACGGCUACAGGAGCAAUGAAUGCCUGGAUGGGACCAUUCAAGGACGAAUGGCUCCUGUGUGUGGGUGUCUAAGAAGUCCAGGAGAAUUUUACGGCCCCUUUUUUCUCUGA